AUGCUUUUCGGUCUCAAGUCAGGCAAGCUCCACACCGGGAGAAGAGUGCAGCUGGUCAUUUGGCUUCAGAUCAUUCAGUGCUGGACUGGUACUGCGGGAAUCACCAUGUACGGCCCGACCAUCUUCCACAUCGCCGGGUUCGGACCGCAGAAAGCCCUCUGGGUUUCCGGCCUGAAUAACAUCUUCUACAUGUUCGCCACACUCAUUUGCGUCUUCACCAUCGACAAAAUCGGUCGUCGCUGGACACUAUACUGGGGUUCGACUGCGCAGGCAGUAUCCAUGUUCCUCGUGGGUGGUCUUUCUCGAGGAGGCCUCAAUGCCAGAGCCAGCGGAAACUUGGAUGCUGCGAGCAGCUGGGGAGCAGCAGCAGCGUCAAUGGUCUUCCUCUACACAAGUAUUUUCGGUGCGACAUGGCUAACAGUGCCAUGGCUGUACCCAAGUGAGAUAUUCCCGCUGCAGGUUCGCGCAAAGGGCAACGCCUGGGGUGUUGUUGGCUGGAGCAUCGGAAAUGGAACCCUCACAUUGGUCCUUCCAUACAUCGUCGGUGCGAUCAACGAGAACGCUAUGUACAUCUUUGCCUCUGUCAACGUGAUCAGCAUUCCAAUCGUCUGGGCCCUGUACCCUGAGUCGAACCAGCGAACACUUGAGGAGAUGGACUUCCUAUUUGCAGCGGAUACACCUUGGACUUGGGAUGCGGAGAAGAAAUUCAAGGAACUCAAGGAGGAACACAGAGUGGCGAGUGCUGUACGUGCGGCAGCGGAUGGCGAUAUUGAGUCCAAGUUGGAUGACUCCUGCGCUCAUGUGGAGAAGCGGUCUGGAUAG